AUGUCCCCACUGAAUUAUAUUCAUUUCUCUGCCUCGGCCUGUUUCAUGUAUAAACAGAGGGAGUGCAGCAGGGGCAAGGACUACCGCUUGAUAAAGCUCACAGUAACAGUCUAUAAUAGCAAGAGUGAAAGGCGUGUGGUGGUAGAGUGCAGAGGACAUGAUGCUGCGAAGAUAUGUAAAAUCCACCAUGCUCAUGGGCAAGCCAUCUUGUGUCUACACAUAAUUGUCAUGGUUUUAAACAGGACUUCUUUUAUUUUCCACCAUCACCCUUGUGAGAAUGACUGGGUUUCAGUUUUUUUUGAAUGUGAGACACUGAAAGCCAAGAACACAGCUGAGGAACAUAUCCAAAAGUUCAUGCCUAAGUUAGCUGGAUGGAUGCAGUUGAAGUCUGCUCUUGCAGUUAAAAUUGGCCCAAUGAGCAUCACCAGAGUAGACUUUGGCCGAACAAGAGCACAGUCAGCAGAAUACGUGAUAUUGAUGGUGUUGAACUCUGUCGUUAAUUAAUAGCUGCCUUUCGCUUUCCGUUUUUGAUCCAAAUGUUGUCGAUAUAGGUAUGUAAAUUAUUUUCUGCUGGAUCUAAUUUCAGUAGAUAUGCCUAACGACCUACAUGAAUGAAUAUUCUAAUGUACCUAAAGGCCUACGUGAAUGAAUAUUCUAAUGGUUUUGUAAACU